CAACCAUGAACCAUCAAAAGCAUUCGUGCAUUUACCGUCUGCACUCUGCCCGCCUCCAGAGCCAGACUGCAGUCAACUUUUAUAAACAACUACAUCAUGUCUAUCACUGAAAUUGGUGGAUUCAAAGUGGUACCCGUGAAGUUCAAGGCCUCGAGCAGUGCGCAACAUUGGUUGUACAUAAAAGAACACGCAGUUCGAGAGAAGUGUCCAGAGAAACCGGCCGACAAAACGCUCUUCGUCAUUGGUGUUCCACCGUAUUGUACAGAGGACGCUCUCCAGCGGGCGUUUUCAAAAUGUGGAAAAAUCAAAAAAGUUUACCUUCAAGCGAAACCAUCAUCUUCUGCUCCUCCUGUAGACACGUCCAAGUUUUUUCCAAAACAUUCCAUCAUAAAGGGGUUCAAGGUCGCGUACAUCGUGUUCGAGUCGGUCACAGGAUUGCAAGCAGCCCUCGGACUGGACUCUCUGGAACCCCUCAUUCUCUCCUCGGAAUCAGCUUAUGUUGAAGUUGGCAUCAGGAAGUGGAGCAGAGAGUACAAUGAGCGGAUCCCACAAGUGUCAGCACUGCAAGCGGAAGUGGACAGCUUCAUGGAGUUGUACGACAAGAAGGAGGCGGCUCAACGUGAAGCGGAGGGCCAGGAAGUAGACGACGAGGGUUGGGUCACCGUUACCAAGCGUGGCCGGAAUCCAGGGUUUGCAAGAAAGGAGAGUGUUGAGAAGAGGAUACUUGGGAAAGAAAGGAAGAAGAGAGCGAAGAAACAACUCCUCAACUUCUAUAGGUUUCAAAUUAAGGAGUCUAAAAUGAAUCAACUGAUGGAGCUGAGAGAGAAGUUUGAAGAGGACAAAAAGAAAAUUGCCCUGCUGAAACAAACCAGGAAAUUCAAACCCUUUUAGUUGUAAAAUUUAAUAAAAUAUUUUUGUUUAAA